GUGGCUCCAGCAGCCUUCCUGGGUCCACACCAUGGCCACCUACUGGCAGGGCCUGUGGGCCUAUCGCUCCUACCUGAUUGUGUACUUCCUGCCCAUUUUCCUGCUGCCUCUGCCCCUCCUCAUCCCCACGAAGGAAGCCUACUGUGCCUACUCCAUCAUCGUCAUGGCGCUCUUUUGGUGUUUCGAGGCUCUGCCCCUGGCUGUCACUGCCUUCCUGCCCCUCAUCCUGUUCCCCAUGAUGGGCAUAAUGGAUGCCUCUGAGGUCUGCAUCGAGUACCUUAAGGACACCAAUAUCCUGUUCAUCGGGGGGCUGCUGGUGGCCAUCGCUGUUGAGCAUUGGAAUCUGCAUAAACGCAUAGCCCUCCGCGUGCUCCUCAUCGUCGGGGUGCGGCCCGCGCUGCUAAUGCUGGGCUUCAUGGUGGUCACAGCCUUCCUGUCCAUGUGGAUCAGCAACACGGCCACCACGGCCAUGAUGGUGCCCAUUGCACACGCCGUCCUGGAGCAGCUGCACAAGGCUCCCGCGGUCAAGGACAUGGAGAACGGCAGUGACAACCCCACCUUCGAACUUCAGGAAUCAAGUCCCCAGAAGGAAGCGGCCAAACUUGAUAAUGGGCAGGUCUACCCUGUCCCACCUGGCCCUUUGGAGUCAAGGGCACAGAGAAGUCAGGAACAGAUCCGCUUUUCCCAGGGCAUGAGCCUGUGCGUGUGCUACUCGGCCAGCAUCGGGGGCAUCGCCACACUGACUGGCACCACUCCCAACCUGGUGCUGCAAGGCCAGAUCAACUCGCUCUUCCCUGAAAAUGCCAACGUGGUGAAUUUUGCCUCCUGGUUCAGUUUUGCCUUCCCCGCCAUGAUCAUCUUGCUGUUGCUGGCCUGGCUGUGGCUACAGUUCCUUUUCCUGGGCUACAACCUCCGGAAGAACUUUGGCAUCGGGGGACAGGCACGCGAUCAAGAGCAGGCGGCCUUCCAAGUCAUCCAAAAAGAGCACAAGCAGCUGGGCCCCAUGACCUUUGCAGAAACGGCUGUCACCAUCCUCUUUGUCCUCCUGGUGCUGCUCUGGUUCACCCGAGAGCCAGGCUUUUUCACCGGCUGGGGCAGCCUGGCUUUUCCCCAGCCCAAUGGGGCAAGCUUGGUGUCCGACGGGACAGUGGCUAUCUUCAUCAGCAUCAUUAUGUUCAUGGUGCCCUCCAAGAUCCCAGGGCUGACUCGAGAUCCAGAAAACCCGGGGAAGCUGCAGGCCCCUCCUGCCCUCCUCAACUGGAAGACAGUGAAUGAGAAAAUGCCCUGGAAUAUCGUAUUCCUGCUGGGUGGUGGCUUUGCCCUGGCCAAGGGCAGCGAGCAAUCGGGCCUGUCUAAGUGGCUGGGGGAAAAGCUGACCCCACUGCAGUCUGUGUCAGCUCCUGCCAUUGCCUUGAUCCUCUGCCUCCUGGUCGCCACCUUCACUGAGUGCACCAGCAACGUGGCCACCACCACACUCUUCCUGCCUAUCCUGGCCUCUAUGGCUCAGGCCAUCUGCCUCCACCCUCUCUACAUCAUGCUCCCUUGCACCCUGGCCGCCUCCCUGGCCUUCAUGCUGCCUGUGGCCACCCCGCCCAAUGCCAUCGUCUUCUCUUUCGGAGGUCUCAAAGUGUCUGAUAUGGCCCGGACGGGAUUCCUGCUCAACAUCCUGGGCGUGCUGGUCAUCAUGCUGGCCAUCAACAGCUGGAGCUUCCCCAUCUUCAAACUGCACACCUUCCCCUCCUGGGCCUACUCCAAAAACACAACCCACUGCAUGGGCAGCCAGGCGAACGCCACCACGCCGAGCCCCUAG